UUGAAUUAAUUAGAACCAUCUUUAUUUCAUUUUAUUCAAAUCAAAAUGUCCAGUGAUUAUUAUUUCAAUAAAUGGAAUCGGACCCUCGCCUGCUUAAACAGUUUGAUUGAACUUGAUCUAGAUUAUCAGACAACCAAAGUCCAUGAUCAGCAAUGCUGCGAUGCCGCUCGGCGGUUGUCAGGGAUACUUGGGAGAUACAUAGCGUGUUACAACGACGCAUUAGAAUGCCUACAACACAAUCUUCAAGUUCAAAAGACAGUUUACAUAGCUGAUGUUGUCAAGGCAAUAGUAGCCAGGAUUCUAGAACUGAAAGGACAGUCGCGAAAACUUGAAGGUGCUUUUUACCAAUUCUUGGGUAAUGGUUUGAUUGAAGAUAAACUCACUCCAAAUGAUGUAGAAUUUUCUGGUGUUUCUACAAAAUAUAAAAGAUGUGUAGAAAUAAAUGAUGCUAUAAUGAAAGCUUUCCAAAGAGCUAAGGAAAUAAAAGAAGAAAAAGAAGAUAAAAAAGGAGAAGGAGAGGAAGAAGGUGUAGUUUCGAGGGAAUUAAAAGAAGAUAAAUGGUGGGAAGAUACUGAAGAGACAGUAAAGAAAGUAACAAGAAGACUAGACAUGACCGAAGUGUAUGAAGUGGAAGAGAAAAUAUCAGAAGAAACGUUAGCGAGAAAACAAAAAGUAGCUUUGAUUCAGGCACAUGAAAAAACUAGACUAAUAACACUAAUGGUUAUAAAACAGAAACAAAGGAGAGAAAAAUGGACAAAGGAAUUACAAGGAACUUUGAAUUCAUCAGCGAGAAUUGAAAUGAGAGAAAGAGGUGCAAAUCUUAUACAGAGAUAUUUGAGAUUUUACUUUGAAUUAAAAAGGAAAAAGUUAAAAGAUUGUAAAAGAGAUGAACUGUUACAGUUAAGAUUAUGCAAUAAGCCAUCUUACGAAGAAACCUUAAAAGAAAAAGAUUUAAAAAUGAGACAAAAUCAAUUGCAUGAGGACUAUGAAAAACAAAGAAAAGUUUUUAAUGAGCAAUUUAAAAACAGUUAUUUUGAGAGAAAACAUGAAGAUAUUGCUGAAGAUAUACGAGAUAACGUUAGAAAUUGGUUUCAGAAAUGGUACAAUGAAGUAAAGUUUUUCUACGAUAUUCCUAAGGAAAAACAAGGCGGAUCUCUUCUAAUUCUUAAAGAAGAAGUUCCUUCACCUACAGAAUGGAGAGAAAAGUAUAAAGUGUAUCUAGAUAAUAAAAAAUCAAUUAAAAAGAAAACUUUAUGGCAGGUUAAAUGGGAAAAACAAGCAGAAAAAGAAGAAGAAAUGAUGCUUAAAAGAAAGGAGAUGAAAAAAAAGAAAUUGGAAGCAGAACUAUUGAAGAAAAUGAUGAAAAAUCCAACUUUGCAUCCGGGAUUUAAGUAUCCUGCUUCAAAUAAAACAGAACCUCUUAUAAAAGCAAUCAAGAAAUACUAUCAUAAUUGGCAAGAAUUAGAUAAGGAAGAAUUUAUGUUUGUAAAAGAAAAAUUCGUAAAAAAAAUUGACGAAGAAAACCUCAUUAUGAAUGUGAAACUAGAAAUGAAUAAAAUUGCGGACAUGGAUAUGAGACAAGAAUUGAAACUGCUAAAAAGAGCUUUGAAAAAUGAUUACAAAAGAAAUGAAGAACAAAUGCCAGAGCCAAUAAAGGAAAAGGCAAAACGCAAAAAGCAGCAGAAACUUCAAAGCAAAGUUAAAAUAAAUGAAAACAUUCGUAACAAAUUAAUGGAUUUAGCAGCAAGCGAUGUCCUCAAAGAAUACCCAUGUAAAGAUUUUAAGGAUUUUUUGGGUGAUGCUAAUUUUGCUGGAGACAGUAUCAGAUAUAAUACGCUUAAACCAGCACUACACUACGGAGCAGAAACAAGAGCAAUUUGGUGGGAGACUUGCCGAGAUGUGAGUCAUGGUUUCAAACGCAUACUGCUGGUGGGACCACGAGGCUGUGGGAAGACCACUUUAGUGCAUAUCAUGGCUACUGUUAAUGACGCAAUAUUAUACGAGUUGGACCCAACUCAGGUGGCUGAAGAGAAUGGAACUAAGGAAUAUUUACAAGAGCUAGUACACUCUGUAGCAGUAUGUGCCAAGGCGACGCAACCUUCUGUAAUUUAUAUCAAACAUGUCCAUGAACUUUAUCAACGCAAGGUCCCUCCUAAAGAGAUGAACGUUGAUGUGAUAAAACGAUUCUUUAUACGGAAGCUAUUCAAAAAGAUUCACCGGCGUGACAAUGUGACUAUUGUAGGUACUUGCACAGAUCCUUGGUUAUCGAGAAGUAAGCAAUUGUUGAAAAAGUUUCCAGCUGUGGUACUCCUACCUGACACAAGUUACUCCGCUGUUUAUCUCAUUUUAAGAAACUGGGUUGCAAACAACCGCAUAGUGCCAUCAGACUUGGAUAUUCAUAGUUUGGCUUACGUUCUUCAGGGAUAUUCGUUCGGCUACCUCGUUAAAGCUUUGGAUGAUUUUUUAACUGCCGAUCGAAUUGUGAAGAUAGCCGCUUACGGAUUGACUCCUCAAACGCUUUACCAGUACAUUUUAUGCAAUGAAAAUGAAGCGAAACACGACUAUAAAAGGUAUCUAAAAUGGUACGCAGAGAAGACCCAGUGGGGAAAAAUGGAGAGUAAACGAAUACAAGAUGAUAAGGAAUUUAGAGCUCUCGUAGAAGAAUGGAAAGAAAAAAUGGAGAAGAAAAAGCAAAAAGAGAAAAAAAUGAAAACAUUUAAUUCUUCAUAGUA